AUGAGUAAAGGGAAGUUGAAGAUUGCUUUGAAGAACGCAAAGGCCGUCGAGGCUUUUAACAAACCUAAAAGCUCCAAGAAAAACAAGCAAGAGCCAGCUGCUUCUCAUUCCGAGGAGGAAGUGGAGCCAGUUCAGGAAGAAGCUGAUGACAAAAUCCAAGAAGAGAUUGAGGAGUUGCUCAGUAAGGAAGAGACCUUGUCUAAAAAAGAAAAGAGAAGAUUGAAAAAGUUGCUCACCCAAUUGGAAGCUGAAGCUGAUGAAGAGGACGAUGAAGACGAUGACGAUGAAGAAUUGGAUUUGGAAAAAUUAGCUGCUAGUGAAAGCGAAAGCGACAUCAACGAUGACGAGGACGAUGAUGAUGAGGACGAGGAUGAAGACGAAGAGGAGGAAGAAGGCAACGAAGAUGGUGAAGAGGAAGAGGAAGAGGAAGACGACGAAGAUGAAGAAGCUGAGGAUGUUCCAUUGUCCGAUGUUGAGCUUGAUUCUGACACUGACGUGGUUCCUCAUAGUAAACUCACCAUCAACAAUGUCGCGGCUAUGAAGGAUAGUUUGGCACGUAUUGAAUUGCCCUGGUCUAAGCACUCCUUUGUUGAGCACCAGUCUAUCGUUUCUGCUGAAAAGACAGAACUGGAAAUUAAAGACAUUUACGAUGACACUGAAAGAGAGUUGGCAUUUUACAAGCAAGGUUUGGAUGCUGUUAAGCAAGGUAGAGCCACUCUUUUGAAGUUGAAGGUACCAUUUUCUAGACCUCUAGAUUAUUUUGCAGAGAUGGUGAAGAGUGACGAACAUAUGGAUAAGUUGAAGAACAAGUUGUUGAAGGAGGCUGCUGACAAGAAAGCUUCUGAAGACGCCAAGAAACAGAGACAGUUGAAGAAGUUUGGUAAGCAAGUGAUGCACGCUACUUUGCAAGACAGAGCUAAGCAGAAGAAGGAAACUUUGGAGAAGAUCAAAUCAUUGAAAAAGAAGAGAACGUCCAAUGAAAUCUCCAAUGAUGAUGAAUUCCAAAUUGCUUUGGAAGAAGCUACUGCUGAAGACAAACCAAAGAGACAAAAGCCAAAUGGAAAAAGAUUGGCAAAGGACUCCAAAUAUGGUUUCGGUGGUAAAAAGAGAUUCUUGAGAAAGAACGACGCUGACUCUUCUGCUGAUAUCUACAACCAAAGGGGUAAAAGUAAGCAGAGCAGACCCGGUAAGAGUAAGAGAAGAAGAAACUAG